AACCUACAUUUUUGUUGUAUGUAAGAGUCUCUCACUCUGUCGUAGAAAAAGACCAAAUCGUUCUCGAUUCGCCAACUUUUUUUUUUUGAGCCACUUCUCGAUUCGCCAACUAGAAAUCGAGUUUGCGCCUUCAUUUACACAUCAGCACGACCAGAAGACAUGGUGAAGGAGAAUGAGUAUUAUGACAUCUUAUGCGUCAAAACUGAUGCUUCAGAUGCUGACAUUAAAAAGGCUUACUACUUAAAAGCAAGGAAAGUUCAUCCAGACAAAAACCCUGGAGAUCCUCAAGCUGCUAAAAACUUUCAGGUAUUAGGCGAGGCUUAUCAGGUUUUGAGCGAUCCGGAGAAGCGAGCAGCUUAUGACAAAUAUGGCAAAGAAGGUGUCCAACAGGAUGCAAUGGUAGAUCCUGCAGCUGUAUUUGGUAUGCUUUUCGGAAGCGAAGUCUUUGAAGAAUAUGUUGGGCAGCUUGCACUUGCUUAUUUGGCAUCAAUCGAAGCUGACUUAGAAUCAUAUGAGCCUGAUAUCAGAAAACAAAUUCUUCAAGACAAGAUCAAAGCUCUGCAGAAGGAGAGGGAAGACAAGCUUGCUGCUACGUUGAAAAACAAACUCGAGCCGUUUGUGGAAGGACGAUCUGAUGAAUUUAUCGAAUGGGCAAAGGAUGAGGCAAAGCGUCUUUCUUCUGCCGGUUUUGGGGAGGCAAUGAUGCAUACAAUAGGCUACAUUUACACAAGAAAAGCGGCUAAAGAAAUGGGGAAAGACAAACGGUAUAUGAAAGUGCCCUUCUUAGCGGAAUGGGUGAGAGACAAAAGCCACCAUAUGAAAUCUCAAGUCAUGGCUGCUUCUGGUACUGUUUCGUUGCUUCAGUUGCAGGGUGAAGUGAACAAGUUGAAUGAACACCAAGGUGACAACAGAGAGGAGCAUAUUCAGAAAGCCAUUGAAGCUAAAAUGGAUGCUUUGCUUCAGUCCCUUUGGCAGAUCAAUGUUCUCGACAUCGAGUCCACUCUAUCUCAUGUCUGCCAAUCUGUGCUUAAAGAUACAAGUGUUUCCAAGGAUGUUCUUCGAGGUCGAGCCAUGGGACUGAGGCAACUUGGAACGAUCUUCCAGGUGGGCAAAAACAAAAAGGUUGGUAACUUAAACAUGGCAGAAAAUCUCAAUGCGUUUAGAUUAAAGAUUGGUGGUUUUGAUUCUUGAGAGCCAAAGUAUAAAUCAGUGAAUCUCUCUCUCUGUAUUUCUGUGUGUUAAAAGGGUGCUAAGAAGCCGUACACCGACAUGAAACAGGACACCGGAGGUUCUUCAAAAGCGAUGUCUUGAAAUCUCGGUUCGCCUUCGCCAGAAAACAGAGAGAAAUCGGAAUUGGCUAUUGCUGUUUCCUUCUACCAUUUUUGCUAUUGGCUCAAGUUUGGAUUUGUCCUUUGUUUUUUUCUUUUUCUUUUACUUUGCAUGUUAGUUUGUAGACAUUGUUUUCUGAGUUAGAGGUGAGGUGACUAAUCGAAGAUUAUAAUUAGAAGAGGAAUUCUUUUGAAA